AUGGUAGGGGUUCUCUUCGACAAGUUCGACGCGAUUGCGGUCUGUGUCACCCAGAUUCCCACUUUGACUCUAGUGGCUCACGGGAAGAAGACGGGCUGUCUAGUCGACAUCGGGGAAACGACCACCUCCGCCUGUUGUAUUUACGAGGGCUAUUUGAUGCCCCACACGGUGGACCGAAAUAACUACGGGGGGAAGGACAUCACGGAGUUGCUACUGAAAUUCCUCAAAGAGGAGCGCAACAUCGAGUUUUUCGGCGAGGAGUGGCGGCAAUUACAGAACGCGGAGGAGAUCCUGCACAAAAUGGGUUUUGUCCUGACCAACGGGAUGACGGAAUUGAAGUUGUGUCAGCCGAAAAAUUACGAGUGCAAGCUGACUGGGCGGGUGUACAGCAUCAAGACGGAGCGAUGCAGAUGUUUGGAAGCGUUGUUCAAGCCGCAGAUGUUUGAGCAGCUUCGCGGGAUCAAUCUCGGCGGGAAAACACUUCUGACAAAGGAAGAGCAAGCGUAUUUACAAACCUUAAACAGCUUCCAACCUUCGGGUAGCGACGAGGAGGUCGGCGGGGCUUUGAAAACGACAGCGUCGCUAUCCAAGAAGAAAACUGUGUUAGUGUAACUUUCUUUUGCUGACAGCAUCACAAAUCUGCUCUACAUGACAGAGAAAACCUGUCAUGCGUAGCUUGUAAGGGAAAACACACAGGAAAAGAGAACUUCAUGGGUGUCUGGCAUGACAGGUGUAACUCUGUUGCGUGAGUUCUGCUGAGAAUGACAAAAGGAGCCGCAAAUUUCAAUUUGUCCAAAACCAAAAUGCUAUGCGCAGUUGUCUCGACGGGCGGAUAGGGGGCGUCGGCCCCCUUGAAUUGCGCAGAGCAAAAAAAAAUAGUAUCUCAAUACGUAAUAAACUGAAAAGUAGCAGAUGCAAGUCCGAAUCCGAAGAUCCUGCUGCAUGUAUUCGAAUUAACAAAGUAGAACAAAGUACGUGAGCAACAAUUUCCAUCAAAGCCGUCGAAUUAUAUAUACAAAGAGAAGACAAGAAGAAUCAAUAAGAAAGAACAGAACUGCUCGUGACGAAAAAAACUGCAAACGGCAUGCAAUUCCAACUUUAAAAAGUACUUCUAAAUUCUUUUCAUUUUAUUUUUACUAUUCAUUUUUCUUCGUUUCCAUGAACAGUUACAGUGAGUAGCACUUCCAAAAAAUCGUUUGCGCAAUAUCUUUUCACAAAAAAAAAUCAAUCACAAUUUGCUCGUUUCAUCGAAAAAGAGACCAAAGUUCAUUCGCACUACCGUGAAAGCAUUUUGUCUUCCUUUUUUUUUGCAGGAGCUAUCGUGCACUUGUUUAUCAACAUCAAAGAGCUGGCGCUUCAUCCGCUUCACGACCUUCUAUUCAGAGCAAGUGCCCGGCAUUCCGUAUUUCUAUUUUUUAGCACGUAAUUUUUGUUUUUCCAACAUGUUUGUGAUCUUCGACCCCCCGAUUUUUUUUUUAGGCUGAGAUGUUGCUUUUUGAAGUAUUGUCACCGAAGUUGCACAAGCAAGUAGAAGCUAGUAGUUGACUUUCUCUGAGCAGCAGCCGUGCCAUGAUUCUGAAAUUUUCGCUCGCUGCCUAGCUGCAUUUCUACUGACUGUCUGCUACUUUAUCUUCCCGUUGUACCCCAUCGGGAUAGUGUCUGUAGUCGUAGUUCAGGAAAAAUUCUAUGUCUAUGCGCAUGUGAUGUUUCCUGCAUCAAGAGAAAAAGUCAAACUAACUUCUGGUGCGACCACUACAGGCACAAAAAUUUUAAGAAAGUACUCAUCUCGAUCUCGUGUCAAAGUUUCGUAUAUCAGAAAGAGGUAGCUCCUAGUUGUAAAAGUACUCCGGAUACUAGCGGUCACUGUUUGCAGCAGCGGAGAUGAUCCAGCCCCUUGUAAGAGCAGACCAGAAAUUUAUACACGUCGUAGAGUAGUUCUUGGGUGCAAUACAAUUCUUCAAUCCGAUUCUAUUGUCCUGGUGGAGCUCCUGCCACGGAAUGUUGAUAUGCUGUACUGCGUAUGGUACCUCCGAUCAAUAUCCAUGAUGUCGUACUUAGCGCCAUCAGAUUCAGAGCACCAUUAGCUUCUGCAGUAGGGAGUUGCAGCGCACAGUUGUGAAAAAGGAAAAGCUAUUACGUGGUUUCGAGGGACCCCCUUGUCUUCACCUUUUGGCCGCUCAACAUGAAUGGCGCCCAUCAUGAGUACUUAAUACAACUUCGCUACUACGAAAAACAAAUCUUAGAGGCACGUGUACAUAGAAGGUGCAAAAUUUGCUGCAGCAGUAUUACCCCCGUUUCACCGAGAAGAAAGCUAGAAGUAGAAAAUCUUCCACAUGAAGAAUGCCUGCGAUGAAGAAGAUACCUUAUCAAGUAAGCGACAAGAGACUCUUACAACAAAGUUGGUCAAACAAGAACGCCCUAGAAGUGCCAAAGUUACUCCGGAGCAGCUUUGCCAUCGCCAAUUUAAAGUAGUACUGUAUUUCUUGUUGAAAAAGUGUAUUGUCGCUAACUUGAUGAGCUGAGAACUGGAGUUUGCUUUUUCCACUUGCAUGUAGACCGUGGUCUUUGUCGCUCCUGAAUGAAUUACUUACGCAGAUGUUGAAUUUGUGCAAGUGCAAAGUGUUGCGAAUAGUUCCUCGAUUUGGAUUUGUAGUGGUGACCCGCUAUCUAGGAUGAGAUGAACACGAGGAAUUCUUUGUACCACGCCGAGCAAGGACAGCAACUAGGCUUGCAGCAGCAAAGAAGAGUGAUAGGAACACGAAUAGCAGGUGUCAGCAAACAGAAACCCAAAGAACAUCAGGCGGCUUUUCUUGAUUGAUACUUUUAGUUUUCAUCUCACAUUAGAAUCAGAAAACCCUCCUCCUUUCGUGUGAGGACCAGGGGACAGACGCGACGAAGGGACCGUGAUGAAGCUCCUCUAGAGCUGUGUUCGUGGUCUUUCGCGUUUCUGCGAUGGGUGUCCUGUCGCUUGUUUUGAUGUUCGAUGAAAAUGAACAAGUAGCGCCGGGGCGGGCUUGAUACUAACUUCCGGACUGAUUUUUUGGUUUUUCUGGUCGUUAUUUGGUGUCGUUUCGUACGCUCUUGUUGCGUCUCUUUGUUUCAGACUGCCCUCGUCUUUAGCUCGUCUCUCCGCUACCGUCCAAUUAUCAUUCGUGCCUCGUCCGGUCCGGUGGACAAGAAUGGAAAAAUAUCGCCGCUUCAUUAUCGUGCAAAAUGCUCUUUCGUCCAGAAAAAAGAUACAGAGAUUAGUAUCCUAGUUGCAUUCAGCACCUGGACUGGUCUUAGAGUCGCAUAGCAAUUGAUCGGUGCACGCGAUUUUCAUCUACAACAGUUUUCCGUUGCUAAUAUGUUUCAAGAUUAUUAUCGCUUCCUUAUCACUAUCACAGGACCUCCACUGCAAGGAACUCUUGAAUGAUAGAUAAUGCGCGAAUUCGUAGAUGAAGCCUCCCAUUCCCCAAGGAACAAAGCUUCGUUUUAUUUCUACGUGCAUGAUUUCGAUAUCUAUGUUGUUUUCAGCUUCAACAAAAAACAUCCGUCGAGCAAAAUUGUCGCACCGGUGCGCCACUCACUCUAGUAAGUUGCAGGCUCUUUUCCUAUACCUAACUAAAAGUUGGCACUGCUCAGCACGAAAGCAUGAUGAAAUCGAAUGACCACGUGAGUCGUUUUCAUUUUGCGCUUACUAGUCGCCAUCGUGUCUGCUGGUGAUUCACCAAGUAACCCUGAAUCGAACACGGGGGACAUUGAAAUUCACAAUCGCCAAUGGCCGACGAAGCAGCAGAGCAACCAGCGGAUGACGAAGGUCCUGCACCCCCCGUCCUCGCGGGCCCGCCGAAGGCGGCUCCGAAGCGCAGCAAGCCGACCCGGCCCCCUUCCCUCGCCCAGGGCGGCGCGGCGGCGGCCCUGGCCGGGGCGAAUAAGCUGAAACAGAAAUCCGCGAGGCCGGCCCGACCCCAGGCCCAGCGGGUAUACCAGGGGAACGACGAUUCCGUUUGUGUAGUUCUCGUGCAAACCGCGAGUCAUAUGUACGCGGGAUUAUCGGCGGACGUCGAUCGCAACGUGGAGGAGCAUCCAAGGGUUAUUGUGCCCAAUGUCUUCGGGUAUUCCUUGAACUUCGAUGAAGCAAGCGGGAAACAACGGGAGGAAAUGUUCUUUCACGAGGCGUUAUGAAUUGCAAAAGUAUCGUAUUCGUACUAGACUACUACGCCGGCGUCCAGGACGCCGGCGAUAGGUCGUCUAGUAAAUCUAAAUGUAAACGCCCAGAAAAAAACUGGGCGAGCGUAGGGGUGCAGGCUAGUCGAAAGAGUCCUACCAUUCGGAAUCUGCUACCUAGCGCAAACGCGGCCACUAUUAGAAACCCGGCGGGCGGUUUUAGCCCGCGCUUGCUAGCAACGCCCUUCCCUAGUAGCGGCCCACAUUAGCGGGCGCGCUCGCUUUCGUUCCCUGCGCUCAGCUUCUAGCUCGCCCCCACCCGGCCGCGGGCCUUGGCCUGAUGGAUUUCCCUGUUGUGGGUUGCCUCAAUUCUAGACGGAACCACCCGCAGCGCCUCCUCUGCCGUUUCGCCGGCCCCUUUAUUCUAAAGAAUGAAGCUCGCCCGGUGAGGCCGCUACCAAAAAAACUCCUAGAACGGUCCCUCCUACUACUCAGCCCCUAUGGCGCGCCCUCUAAUCUGUAGGAUGGAAAAGAAAUCGGAGCCAAAAAGAGCGCUACUACUGUGCUAUUUUCCACCCGCGGGGAGGGCGCACAUACAGCAUUUUUGGCCCCCACAAUACCAGCCGUUUUCUUCAGCGCGCCCUCACAGCAGCUUUCUCGGUGGGGCUCCAUCGGAUCCUAGAGAAAACUCCUGGAAGCGCGCCCCCAGCAAGCCAUUUCCUACGAGCGACCCUAUUGCAAUCCUCCAGAUGUCCGAAAUACGAGCCCGAUCAAAAAGCACCCACCCAAAUUCCCCAGACAUAUCCCCAGAUAUGGCCCCAGAUAUAGCCCCAGAUAUCUCCCCAGACAUCGAUAUGCCCCCAGAUAUACCCCCAGAUAUGCCCCCAGAUAUGCCCCCAGAUAUACCCCCAGAUAUACCCCCAGAUAUAACUUCAGAUAUACCCCCAGUGGAUGCCGAUGGCAUUAGCUCUACCUAGGCUUACCGGGGGGCCGGGCGCUGCCUUCCCAGUCUCGUUUUGCCGGGAGGGUGCUAUCGCCCCCCUGCGCCCCCAAACGGGGCCGGGGCUUUGGGGUAGCCAGAAUAGGCCUGCUAAAAACUGGCCCGGCUUUUUUCUUUCGAUUUCUUCAAGCCAUGGGGCGAGGCCCGCGCGCCACUCCGCUGGGUUUUGUUUAUUUUGUGCCGCAGGACUUUUGGCCCCCGCCUUGCCAGUCGUUUUCUUUAGUGCGUUCCCUUAGAGGCUUCCCCUAGGAGCUCACUUAAGGGAGGCGCCUAGACGGCUUCUCUCCUAGAAUUCAUUUUCUAAGGGGCCCCUAUAGUUUAUAGGGGCGCAAAAUCCGAGUAAAAAUUCUAUAGUUCUAUUUUAUAAAUGCAUCACAAAUUUCCUCAGCAUGAGAAAUAUUUGUAAUGCUAUUUUACCUUAAGCAAGAGAUUUGUAAUGCAUGACUGCAAUACGAGUGCGAUACUUUUGCACUGGAUAGGCGUACGAGCAGCGGAACAGUCUGCAGUAUGCAUUGCAAAUAUCGAUCUGGGCCUGGAAGGAUGCAAGAACUUGUGAUGCUGCGUUUGUAUUCGAAAAAAAUUUGUCUUGCAAUUCUUGCAUGAUCAUCCGGAAGACGAGUCCGGUUUUUGCUAUGCGGAGAGGGCAUUUAUUCUCAUGCGGGAGAGGCAUCAAGAAGGCCGCAAGUAAUGAUCUGUGAUGCUAGAGCGUACAUCACAGAUGUCAUGGAUGAUGCAAAAUGUGCAUGACAAACUUGGGUUCUACUUCCAGACCCCGACAUAUUUGCAGUUGAUAUGCAGCUGAUCUUCCCAAUCCGCCAUGGCAUCGUCCAAGAUUGGGAAGUGUUGGAAAAAGUGUGGCAGCGGCUGUUUUUGAACCCGAAACUGGAAUUAGACGUGGUGAAAAGACCAAAAAUGGUGUACCGGGAACACAGAGCAGUGUACAAAAGCUUCGACGAAACUGAGCCAGGACCAGCUGUAUCAGAUCCGAAUGGGGCAACUACAAACACCGGUGCGGGCCCUCCAACCGCGACUGGCAAAAAGAAGAAAAAUAAAGGCUCAAAAGACACGGCGUCAAGUGUUGGGGAUAAUAAGAGCGAGAUUGGAGGUGAUAAAGACAAAGACCCAGGAAUAAAUCCAGCUGAGGAAGAAGAGGAAGAGCUUUUUGACCACCCUCUCCUUAACCGUUUCCCAAUUCUCAUAACCGAAGCCCCCUGGACGAGCAAGCUAGAUCGGGAAAGAAUGGUAGGGGUUCUCUUCGACAAGUUCGACGCCAUUGCGGUUUGUGUCACCCAGAUCCCCACUUUGACUUUAGUGGCCCACGGGAAGAAGACGGGCUGCUUAGUCGACAUUGGGGAAACGACCACCUCCGCCUGCUGUAUUUACGAGGGCUAUUUGAUGCCCCACACGGUGGACCGGAACAACUACGGCGGGAAGGACAUCACGGAGUUGUUGCUGAAAUUCCUCUAUCCUGUGCAAAAGUAUCGUACUCGUUUAAAUGCAAGGCUUGCAUUACAAAUCUUGUUUCCAAGUCAAAUCUGCAUUACAAAUCUUAUUUCUCAUGCUGAGGAAAUUUGUAAUGCAUUUAUACGAGUGCGAUACUUUUGCAAUGCAUAUCCUCAAAGAGGAGCGCGACAUCGAGUUUUUCGGCGAGGAGUGGCGGCAAUUACAGAACGCGGAGGAGAUUCUGCACAAAAUGGGUUUUGUCCUGACCAACGGGAUGACGGAAUUGAAGUUGUGUCAGCCGAAAAAUUACGAGUGCAAGCUGACCGGGCGGGUGUACAGUAUCAAGACGGAGCGAUGCAGAUGUCUGGAAGCGUUGUUCAAGCCGCAGAUGUUUGAGCAGCUUCGCGGGAUCAACCUCGGUGGGAAAACACUUCUGACAAAGGAAGAGCAAGCGUAUUUACAAACCUUAAACAGCUUCCAACCUUCGGGCAGCGAAGAGGAGGUCGGCGGCGCUUUGAAAACGACAGCGUCGCUCCAGGAGUUAACCUGUCACGCCAUCAACUGCAGCAAUCACCCGAUCCGCCCGGAGUUGUUCAUGAACAUAGUUCUCGCGGGCGGCGUGAGCAGGGUAACGAACUUAGCGCAGCGGUUACGACAGGAGCUGCGGGACAUGCCGUUUUUGAAAGCGAUGAUGAAUAGCUGUUUAGGCGACGAAGACGAUUACUUAGCGUUGCAACAUAGGAAACGAAAAACCACGAAGAACGAUGCGCUGACAAGCUCGAUGGAGUCGAUGGACGAGUUAACGAAAAUGUUGGAGUUAGAGGAGGAAGAGCAGAGGCAAUUCCGCCGGACAGGGAGGAUAAAGCUCUCGAACCCCUUGGAGUAUCUGAAGUUCGACAUUAUCGUCCAUGAUCCGUUAGAUUUAAGGGAUUUGAUUCCGGCAAAACGAGCAGACCACAUGAACCACGGCGACGAAAUUUCGAAGAGCGCCGCAGAUGCGGUCAGGGGAACAGGAGCAGCUGCGAAGAAGCCGACGUUUCGCAUUCCCGGGUUGAUGACAGAGAAGGAGAGGAAGGAAAAGGAAGUGAAGAACUAUGACCUGCUCAAAGGUGACAAUCAUAAGCGUUACAAUAGAAUCUGGAUCUUGUAUUGCGUGAUGAGCAUGACAGACCACUCGGACAGUAUUCCACUUUCUGCAAUGCAAAUUUUGCCAGAUUGUAGUGCGGUUUGGGACUCCGGAACUUGUCAUGCGCAGUCUGUCCAUGAGAGUUGGCUAGAGAAUGGAUUCCUUGCAUCACAGAUUUCCAUACUCUAUGGUAACGUUUGAGAUUGUAACACCUGAGAAGGUUAUAAGAAUCGUAACUCCGAUGGUCGUGGCGCGACAACCACCGCGAUUCCGCAAUUUGAGCCGAUGAUUAAGCCGAACGAGGUUUAUCUUGGGGCUGCAAAUCUGGCGUCUAUGGACAUGUAUGCAAUGCAAAAGCAUCGUACUAGUAGUAAUUGCAUUACAAUAUUCCUCAGCAUGAGAGAUAGAAUUUGUAAUGCGGAUUUGCCUUGAGAUAAAGAUUUGUAAUGCAUAAAAGCAAUUAGUACGAGUGCGAUACUUUUGCACAGGAUAACAUGUUUGAGCUGUUGCACUUCAAACGGGAAGAAUACGAAAGCGGGCUAACGGGGGUGGGCGGGAUUACGGGAGUGCAUAAGAAGGUGGUAUAGUACGAAGAUGUCCUGUCUGUCAGAAGCAAGUUGUGCUUCGGUCUGCAGCGGAGUCGCAGCUGUGUGGUUGGGUUAUGACGGUUAUUCUGUUUCGACAAUCGACAUCGACGUCCAUUAUCUUUGACUUUUAUUUCGGUUUGAUACCGAGCUGCAAUCAACAAGUUUAUUCGCGUGCGCGCAAUAUAAGUAGCAAUUUCCAUGUACCUUUCCUCAGGAACGCCGUCAGGUGGACGCUUUCCCGCGUUGAAAUAUUUUUGCUUUCUUGUUCACACUGUUUUCCACGACAGCAGAUCUUGAAGAAGAUGUCGGUGAUGAAGUUGAUCUGCAUUGUCCAGUGUCGGUCUCGUGCUAAAGAGGCCAAUGACUUACUACGCCGAUGACUUAAAAAUACGUGUCCUUCAGUAGAAAAUUCGGUCGCGAUCAUGAAUUUUUGCCGAUACUAAGUGGUUUGGCACAACUCAGAUUUGGCUCCGACACCAGCACUAGCUCGCUGUGGUGGAGGCGCAGAACUCAAAGAUCGGUUUCCGUCGGCGAUCGAGCACUUGCACUAGUUCUACUCAACUCGGUAGUGGUCACAGCUGAAUGAUCUACACACUUCUACUUUUCCUGAAUCGGUCGUGCUCAUUUAUUCGGAAC